AUGGCAGGUGGCGCGCCGGCGGCUGCUGAGCAACAUGCCGGAGUCCACCGUCCAGGGGGCCCACGCCCGCAGGAGUCGGCGGCGGCGCGGCGCAUGACGGUGACCACCCUCCGCGGGAAGCACCACCGCGGGGAGCCCAUCAGCAUGGUGACCGCGUACGACUACUCGUCGGCGGUCCACGUGGACUCCGCAGGGGUGGACGUCGUCCUCGUGGGCGACUCCGCCGCGAUGGUCGCACACGGCCACGACAACACCCUCCCCGUCUCCCUCGACAUCAUGCUCCAGCACUGCCGCGCCGUCGUGCGCGGCGCGCCCAGGCCGCUCGUCGUCGGCGACCUGCCCUUCGGCUCCUACGAGUCCUCGCCCGCACAAGCUGUGGAGUCGGCGGUGAGGCUGAUGAAAGAAGGCGGAGUGGACGCGGUGAAGAUGGAAGGAGGCGCGGCGUCGAGGGUGGGCGCGGCGAGGGCGAUCGUGGACGCCGGGAUAGCCGUGAUGGGGCACGUCGGCCUCACUCCGCAGGCCAUCAGCGUGCUCGGCGGCUUCCGGGCGCAGGGGAAGACGGUCAACAGCGCUCUCAAGGUCGUCGAGGCGGCGCUCGCGCUGCAGGACGCCGGGUGCUUCGCGGUCGUCCUCGAGUGCGUGCCCGCUCCGGUGGCAGCCGCCGCCACGGCAGCCCUGCAGAUCCCAACCAUCGGCAUCGGGGCUGGACCCUUGUGCAGUGGCCAGGUUCUAGUGUACCAUGACUUGCUAGGGAUGUUCCAGAGCCCAGACCACUCCAAGGUCACGCCCAAGUUCUGCAAGCAGUUUGGCGACGUCGGCGCCGUCAUCGGCAAGGCGCUCGCCGAGUACAGGCAGCAGGUGGAGGCUGGGUCUUUCCCGGGCCCUGACCACACGCCCUACAAGAUGUCUCCCGUGGGCGUCGCUGUCUUCGCGGACGCGCUGCGAAACAUCGGCUUGGAUGGAGCUGCUGCAGCAGCCGCCGCCGCCGCCGAUGCUGGAAAAACAGAGAAAAUAGUAGGCGAUGGAAAGCCACACGAGGGGGAUAACAUCAAUAAUGGCAUCUUGAGCAGUGCGGGUGCUGCAGUUUAA